CGUAGACCAGAGGAAGCAACGCCCACUGCGUGUGACUGGUUAACGUGCUAGCGCGCAGAAGACACAGCCACCACAGCAUGCAAAACACUCAGUCGCAAUAAUGGCGAGGUUAAGCGAGCAUGGGAUUCGUCUUAGUUCCAUGAGCCCUUCCUUCCUGAACAGCAACUCUACAAGUCACACCUGGCCCUUCAGCGCGGUGGCAGAGUUAAUAGACAAUGCAUUAGAUCCUGGUGUACUAGCUAAACAGAUCUGGAUUGAUGUAUUUGAUGAAGGUGAUCACCUGUGUCUAACCUUCACCGAUAAUGGCAGCGGCAUGACCCCCAACAAACUGCACAAGAUGCUCAGCUUUGGUUUUACAGAGAAGGGUUCAGGUAAGGCCAGUCAGCAGGCCAUCGGCGUGUAUGGGAAUGGUUUCAAGUCUGGUUCCAUGCGCCUGGGCCGCGACGCGCUCAUCUUCACCAAGAACGGCGGCUGCCAGACUGUUGGAAUGCUAUCUCAGACCUACCUGGAAAACAUCAAGGCCCAGGCCGUCAUUGUCCCUAUUGUUCCCUUCAACCAACAAACCAGGUCUCUGGUGGUGACUGAGGACUCGGAGGCCAGCCUGGCAGCCAUCCUCCAACAUUCCAUCAUCACCUCCCAGGAGCAGUUACAUGCACACUUUGACUCCAUUCUCUCCAAAAAAGGCACCAAGAUAUUAAUCUGGAAUAUCCGCAGGGCCAAAGAUGGCAAGCCAGAGAUCGACUUUGAGACCGAUGUGAGUGACUUCCGUUUGCCUGAGAUUCAGAUCGAGGAGCUGAAGAAAGGUCUGAGGAACAGUGGAUCCCUGAGAGCCGAACAUGACAUCCCAGAGAUGCACUACAGUCUUAGGGCCUACCUCAGUAUCUUGUAUCUGAAGCCGAGGACACAGAUUAUACUGAGGGGGAAGAAGAUUCUGGCUAAGCUGGUGUCGAAGAGGCUGACACACAUUGAGCAUGACGUCUACAAACCCCACUUCAGUAAAGAGAAGGUGAAGGUGACCUUUGGGCUAAACCCGAAAAACAAAGACCAUUAUGGCAUCAUGAUGUACCACAGGAACCGACUCAUUAAAGCCUACGAGAAAGUGGGCUGCCAGCUGAAGGCUUCAGGUCAAAGAGCAGGAGUUGGCGUCAUCGGUAUCAUUGAGUGUAACUUUCUCAAACCUGCCCACAACAAGCAAGACUUUGAAUACACCAAAGAAUACAGACUCACCCUUGGUGCUUUGGGCCUAAAACUGAACGACUACUGGAAAGAGGUGACAGAGAAGAAGGCCAGAGAACGAGAGUUUCAGGCUCUUGAAAAAGAUGACAGUGAAGCCCAGUGUGAUGCUGACAAGGGUCCCAUGUGGUUACAGUGUGAAGAGUGCCUGAAGUGGCGUAAGGUCCCUGCAAGUCAUUACAAUGUGGUUCCUGAAAGCUGGAACUGCAGCCAGAACCCCAAUCCACGUUACAGGUGUGUAUUUCUAUUAUUGCUUUCCUUGGAUUGGAUCAUUCCAACCAAAAACCACAAGAAACCAGAACAGCCCAAAAGCAGGAAACGAGAAAAAUCAUUGGAGAACGAAGUGGCUGAACAUCAAAUCCUCUCGCGCAGUUCAUCAGAGCCGAGCCAGCCCACUUUCCAGCACACAUACACGCCUGAUCACAUAAGAACACCAGGUCGAUGCCACACAGAGGAAAACACACCAGAGCAGACAGGCACAGAUCAUCAUACAGACACACACGUAUAUGAUGAUGCACAUGGAGUCACACACACGCAACAGAAGCCCGUUAAAAGAGCCACAGUCAUUAAAGACAAGACGCAAGACAAACAUGUGGAAAAUGAGACAAAUGACCACAGGCUUGAAGAUAAAGAGAGAGACAAAAAGAAAGACAAAAACAUGAAGCCGUUGGAAAGAGAAGAGAACCCGUACACAUUAAGCCUCAAAAGGAAACCAGGAUCGUUAUUUUACUGUGUGAAAAAGAAGCCAUGUCUUUCGGAGGAGCAACAGGCUGUCUCAGAAGUCGAGACACUGUCCUUGGAGAAGACCAAGCAAGACAGUGGCGGCCAAGUCGAGAAACCAAGUGACGUGGCUCAGCGAACCCCCACCUGCCUCACCUGGACCCACUCGCUCCCCUUCACCCAGACUGUGAUGGUAUCUCCUCUGAGUCGAACAGAAGGGCAGCGGAGCAGACCACUGCCUCCAGAAGGUAGUGACCGGGAAGCGAAUGUGCAGAAGCUGGCUGGGUUGGAGAAAGAGGUGCAGAGGCUACGCAGGCUUCUAGGUCUGGAAGUCAAAAAGACAACUCAAGGCACGAUGACAACUGCUGACAGCAGUGCUGAACAGCCAACACGAGGGCUGGUGACUCCGCCAGCAUCCACAGCAAGCAGAGAGGUCGGCUGCCAAACGGAAGUGGCUGAGAGCUGUACUUCAUCCAGCAGCCUGGCCCGGGCUCCAGGACAUCAGGGGGUGGUGGUCCUGGGUCAGAGAGCUGUGUGUGUGCCCAAAGAGCAGCCUGAGCAGAACACACCUAAGAAGAAGACAGAAACUCCGAGCAGGACGAGAGUCAGUGACAGCGAGGCCGGUGAAGACAGCAGAUCUAAACAGGAGAAUCUGCGCACCAUCCGUCACAACGUGGUGGCGCUUCUCACGGUCCUCCUGCCCCAACUGGACCUGACCGGCAUCAGCCUGGAAACCUCCGACGUGGACAACAUCCUGCAGCAGAUCAUAGAGGUCAACUCGUUGAAACUGUCACCAGUCCUGUUAUAAAAUCCAGAAAAUUUCUGUUGGCAGAGAUUGCCUUGUUUUUCCUUUAUUCUAUGCAAAGUUUGAGUUGGAAUUUUUUUUUUUAAGUGUGAUGAUUUGCUAUUUUUUGUAUUGCUGCUUUUUUACUGAUUAUUUAAAAGUACAAUAUGUAAGGGUCUGAAUCGAAACCAUGGAUGUAAACAAGGAUUUUUGGUCCUACGCAUAAGGUCAACAUAUUCAUGCUUGUUUCUAAAUUUGUUCACACGUCUGCAUUAAAAUACUGAAACCAUUA